AUGGAAGAGACAAGUUAUGGCGCACGGACAAAAUUUGUUUAUUUAUUACUCUCCUUUGAAACAUCGAAGAAUGGAGAGCAGCCGCUUUUCUAUCUAAUUGCUUCCCGUUGCUUUUCCAGGCUGUCUUACCGUUGCCUUUCUUCUUGCUGUCUUACCUUGCUUCUUUUAGCCUUUUCUUGCCUCUUGUCUCUUCUUGUUUCUUCUCGUUGCAUCUUCUUUCUCCUCGCUGCCUCUUCUUGCUUAUCGAUGCCUUUCCUUGCUUCUCGUUGCCUCGUCUUGCUUCACGUUGAUUCCUGUUGCUUUUCGAUGUAUCUUCUUGCUGUCUUUCCUUGCUUCUCUUUGCCUUUCCUUGCCUCUUGUUGCCUCUCGUUACCUCUCGUUGAUUCUCGUUGCAUCUUCUUUCUCAUCGCUGCAUUUUCUUGCUUAUGGCUGCCUUUCCUUGCUUCCCGUUGCUUUUCAAUGCAUCUUCUUGCUUUCUUUUCUUGCUUCGCUCUGAUUUUCGUUGCAUCUUCUUUCUUCUCGCUGCAUUUUCUUGCUUUCUCGUUUUUAUCUGUUUGCAUUAUCGAACCGUUUCUUGCUUCUCGUUACUGCCUCUUGCUUUCCUUUGUUCCCGUUGCGUCUCGCUGCGUCUACUUGCUUCUCGCUGCAUUUUCUUGCUUCACGUUGCCUCUUCUUUCUUCUCGUUGCUUUCCGUUGCUUUUCGAUCCUCUCAUUGACUUUCCUUGCUUCUCGUUGCCUCUUCUUGCUUCUCGUUGCUUUUCGAUACAUCUUCUUGUUUCCUUUACUUGUUUCUCUCCCCUUUUCUUGCUUCUCCUUGCUUUACGUAACAUCUUCUUUCUCCUCGCUCCCUCUACUUUCUUAUCGCUGCCCUUCCUUGCUUCUCGUUGCCUCUUCUUGCUUCUCGUUGCUUUUCAAUACAUCUUCUUGCUUUCUUUCCUUGCUUCUCUUUACCUUUUCUUACCUCUCCUUGAAUUUUGUUGCAUCUUCUUUCUCUUCGCUGCAUCUUCUUGCUUUCUUGUUUCAUCUGUUUGUAUUAUCGCUGUCGAUUCUUGCCUCUCGUUAACUCUACUUGCUUUCCUUUGUUCCCGUUGCGUCUCGCUGACUCUACUUGCUUCUCGCUGUAUUUUCUUGCUUCGCGUUGCCUAUCGUUGUUUCUUGAUGUAUCUUCUUGCUUCUCAUUGCCUCCCCUGUCUCUUCUUCCUAUUUGCUUUGAGACACGCUGUCUUUACUUAUUUCUCUUUACAUUUUCUUGUUUUUUUUUUUUUUUGCUUCUCAUUGCCUGUUCUUGCUUCCCGUUGCAUCUUCUUGCUUUUUGUUUCUUCUUGUUGCUUCCCAUUAAACCUUCUUGCUUCACACUGCCUAUUUUUUGUUUCUCGCUGUCUUUUCUUGCUUCUCUUUGCCUCUUCUUGCUUCUCGGAUCCUCUUCUUGCUUCUCGCUGCUUCUUCUUGCUUCUUAUUGACUUUACUUGUUUCUCCUUGCAUCUACUUGCUUCUUGCUGCCUCUUCUUAUCGUUGCAUAUCCUUGCUUCUUGCAGCUUUUCGUUGCCAAUUCUUGCUUCUUGUUGCCUCUUCUUGCUUUUUAUUUCUUCAUGA